AUGCAGCCGAUCCGGCGGCGGCACCGAGGCUUUCCACUCCUCUGUCUCUCCGCCGCCCUCCUCGCUGCCGCCACUCUUUUCCCCGGCGCUGCCGUCGCCGAGGGCGUCACGCCCUCCGAGGCGCGCCGGUUCCGCGAUGAGGUGAAAGAUAUGUUCUAUCAUGCAUUUGAUGGGUACAUGAAGUAUGCUUUCCCACUCGAUGAGCUGCGACCCUUAAGUUGCCAAGGUGAAGACUCCCUUGGUGGUUACGCACUCACUCUUAUCGAUUCUUUGGAUACCUUGGCUUUGCUGGGUGAUAAGGAGAAAUUUGGUGCUGCUGUGGAGUGGGUUGGUAAGAAUGUCCGCUUUGAUAUUAAUAAAACCGUCUCUGUUUUUGAAACCAACAUACGUAUCCUUGGGGGUCUGCUAUCAGCUCACCUGAUUGCCAGUGAUUAUGCCACUGGUAUGAGAAUCCAAUCUUAUGAUGACCAGUUACUUCAUUUAGCUGCUGACUUAGCUCAGAGGUUGUUGCCCGCAUUUGACACUCCUACAGGUAUUCCAUUUGGAUCUGUUAAUUUAAUGUACGGAGUCGAUGAAAAUGAAAGCCAGAUAACAUCAACGGCUGGUGGUGGUACUUUGACACUGGAAUUUGGCAUAUUGAGUCGCUUGACUAAUAAUACUGUUUUUGAGAGAGUUACAAAAAAAUCAGUGCGUGGAAUAUGGUCACGCAGAUCAAAACUCAAUCUUGUUGGUGCCCAUAUAAAUGUUUUUACUGGUGAAUGGACACAGAAGGAUGCUGGAAUUGGCACAAGCAUUGAUUCAUUCUAUGAAUAUCUUCUAAAGGCAUAUUUAUUGUUUGGAGAUGAUGAAUACCUGUAUAUAUUUCAGGAGGCUUACAAAGCUGCCAUGCACUAUCUCCAUCAUGAUCCUUGGUAUGUGGAGGUCAAUAUGAACUCUGGUGCUACUGUUUGGCCACUCUUCAAUAGUCUGCAGGCAUUCUGGCCAGGGCUUCAGGUUUUAGCUGGAGAUGUUGAUCCUGCUAUUCGCACACAUGCUGCCUUCUUCAGCGUCUGGAAAAAGUAUGGUUUUACCCCUGAAGGUUUUAAUCUUGCUACAUCCACUGUCCAGAAUGGACAAAGGAGCUACCCGCUACGGCCAGAGUUGAUUGAAAGCACAUAUUGGUUGUUCAAGGCUACCAGAGAUCAUAGAUAUCUUGAUGUUGGAAGGGACAUAUUAGCAAGCCUUCAAUAUGGUGCUAGAUGCCCUUGUGGCUACUGCCACAUAUCAGAUGUGGAAACCCACAAGCAGGAUGAUCACAUGGAGAGUUUUUUCCUUGCAGAAACGGUCAAAUAUCUCUGGCUUCUUUUUGAUUUAGCUGCUGGCCCUGACAAUAUUGUUGAAAAUGGACCAUAUAGGUACAUAUUUAGCACAGAGGGUCAUUUGCUACCUGUUACUCCUGAGAUAGCCUUGGUAGAUGAACAUUGUUCAUAUUUUGGAGCAUUCUGUCAUGGUAGUGCCGACCAUGGAUAUGGUGCUAGUGCUAGUUCUACUAAGCAUCAAAAUGGAAACUAUACCCAAUUAGAUGAUAUUCAAACCCCUUCCGGUCACUAUUCAAUGUCCAACGUGUUGUUUACGACAGGAGGUUACAUCAAGGGAGUUUGUCCAGGAUUGACUCAUGCACAGAAACUUGGGAUAUCAUACUCUGAUGAAGAGGAUAACUUUAUAGAGCAGACUUCUGAAAGUCGUGAGCAUCAUGGUGAAUCUGCAGUAGAAUCUAGCGGCCAAGACCAAUCAAGUUCUAUUAUAUUAAUCUCUCACCCAGUCGCAAGCCAACAUGAUGAGGCUUUGGAGAGCGGGUCUGGAAGUCAAGAUCAUGCAAGUAUUGUUGUAACUUCUGAUUCUGAUUCCACAAGCCGUGAUAAUACUGUUGGCUCACUGGGAGCGAACACUGAAGAACUUAUGGAGCACAUUGAGGGCACCUCGGGACAGGACAAAAGAUGA